AUGUCCAAUACCGAUCUAGAGUCUAGACAAUCGAGUUUGUCGCUGGACUCGCUGGAAGAUAUCAGGGACCCACUCCCCGUUUUUGAGAAUAUGGAGCAGGACCAAGGAGAGCCAGAUGACCGUUUACACCUAACCAAGGAACUGACCAAGACGUUGACGCUACCGCCACUCGCCGAUGACGACCCCUUUUUUGAUCGUUUUCCCAAGCGAACAAAGACGCUCUUUGUGGGCAUCGUCAGUUUCACGUGCUUUUUGUCGCCAAUCUCUAAUCUUGCGUUCACUCCUGCUAUUCCAGAAGUCGCCGAAGCCCUGAAUACCACGUCGCAGAUGAUCAACAUUUCGAACGCAAUAUACAACGUCUUCAUGGCAAUCUCGCCGAUGAUGCUUUCUCCGCUUUCUUCGCUCUACGGCAAGAAGCCGGUCAUGAUUCUCAGCUCGCUCGGCUACACUAUCAGCUCAAUUCUCACGGCAGAGUCGCAGAAUUUAGCUAUGUUUUUUAUCUUCAGAGCCAUGAACGCAUUUUUCGGAACAUGCUGCUUCAGUGUUGGUGGAUCUAUUAUCGGAGACAUCAAGGUCCCUAAAGAGCGUGGCAGAGCCAUGAGCUGGGUCUUGAUGGGGACGCAAUUGGGUCCUGCCUUUGGCCCGGUGCUGGGUGGCAUAAUAAUCACCUACACUAACUGGAGAGUUAUUUUCUAUGUCGUUACCGGACUGGGAGUGAUUAAUUUGCUAAUGAUUAUCUUUUUCCUCAAGGAGACUAGCAGAAUGGUGAUCUCCAAGGAAAUUGCCAAAAGAACAGGGAAGCGGUUUGUUUUCGUCAAGUACAAUCCAUUUAGAGUUCUUUUCGCCUUCCAGUACGUCAACUUGAUCCUCGCGGGAGUAAUCAGCUCCUCUAUCAUGUACAACAUGUUUGGUCUGCUCACUCCUAUCAGACACGUGAUCAACCCAAGAUUCAAUCUCAAUAGUCCCGUGCUUGGAUCGCUGUUUUACUUGGCCCCGGGAUCCGGGCUUUUGCUUGGAGGACCAAUUGGGGGCAGAUUUGCAGAUUUCACAGUCAAGCGUUGGAUGAAGAAACGUGGCGGGGAAAGAAUUCCUGAGGACCGUCUCAGAAGUGCCACUUACUCUCUCGGAUUUGUGAUGCCUGUCUUCAUGAUCAUAUACGGGUGGUCACUCCAGAAAAAAGUAGGAGGCAUGGCUUUGCCGAUUGUUUCCAUGUUUUUCUAUGCCCUUGGACAAACGAUUGCUUUCCCGUCCAUCAACUCGUACUGUGUGGACUGUCUGCCCUCUUUGAAAGGUGACGCUAUCGCGUCCAACUACUUUGCGAGAUACAUUGUGGGAGGAUCCGUUGCGUCUGCUACCUGUCUGGUCCAGAUAAACAACAUUGGAAUUGGCUGGACCGCUACUAUCAGUGCAUUUGUCGCCUGGAUUGGGUUUCUAUCCAACGAGCUUAUGAUUAGAUACGGCGCCUCGCUGCGUCUUAGAGCCCUGGCGAAAAUCGAGGCCAAGACAAAGGUGAAAAAAAACCAAGAAAAUUAA